CAUUGUCUUCAAAAUAAAAAGGUAACUAUUAUAAAAAAAAAAAAACAACAAAAAGAAAACCCUAAAAGUGUGGAACCAGAGUCGGGGAGUGAGAAAGAAGUGGCGGCUGCAGGUUCUUCUCCGACCACGAUGGCACGACCCAUCAUCUUCUGGCGAGACCAUCUUCUCCGACCACGGGAGGAGCCAUCAGCGCAGGGAGAGAGAAAGCGUUGGGCGAGAUGACCACGACAACCAACCAGCAGCUACGGUACGUUCGAGGUUCAUCUUCUCUGACCACAGCCAUCGAUCGAGGGAGCAGGAUGAGAAAAAUAGGGCGACGGGUGUGUAAUUGCGAACCACCACAAGAAGUCGCGGUUCGUACCUCAAAGACGGUGAAGAAUCCAGGUCGAAUGUUCAAGUGUUGCCAUAAAUUCAAGGGUUGUGAUUUUUUUGAGUGGGUGGAUACUGAGAUAUUUCACCCCAAUUGUGGAGUUGGAUGUUGUAUUCAUGGAGGUUUGAGUGGGCAAGCUUUGAUGAGUGGGUGUUGUUCUUGGCAGCCACAAAGAUCUCCACCUUACAACUAUGGUGAUCAUCACGGUGGUUGUCCCUCUACAAUUUUUAGGAGCCCAUGCAGCAGCCAUCACAAAGAUGACAGUUUUGGAGAUAAAAUGGAACCACCUCAAUGAUUAAGGAAAAGAAAAGCAAUUAUGUGCUUUGGUUUUUUGGUGUUUUAAUAGUAAUUUGUGUUUAAAAUGUUGUUUUAAUGAUGUUUCUUCUUGUUUUUUUUUUGUUCUUUAAAGAUGUAAAAAUUAUAUGUUAUGUUGAAUAGUGGGUUGAACUUAGUUAAUGAUAUGAUUUUUAAGUUUUGUUGGUUCA